GCGGCGGCAAUGCGGGCCGGUUGGUGCCGUUGUCCCCGGAAAUGCUUGAGGAGCGGACUCCAGCUAUUCCCCAGCCGGGGUCUCGUGCCCGGUACCCACGGCCCCAGCUAUCGAAUAUGCGGCCCAGGCAUCGAGUUGCAGCCGGCCAAGUGGUACUCCUCUGGAAGCAGGAAAGGCUUCCUCUCUGGUUUAGUGGAAAAUAUCAAACAAGAAUUAGCCAAAAAUAAAGAGAUGAAAGAAAGUAUAAAAAAAUUCAGAGACGAGGCGAAGAAGCUAGAAGAGUCGGAUGCCCUCCAGGAAGCCAGAAGGAAAUAUAAAACUAUUGAAUCUGAAACUGUCAAGACCUCCGAAGUCAUUAAAAAGAAAUUUGAAGAAAUCACUGGGACCAUGAAGGAGAGCUUGGAUGAAGUUAGUAAGAGCGAUAUUGGCCGGAAGAUCAAAGAAGGGGUGGAAGAAGCCGCAAAAACAGCCAAGCAGUCUGCGGAAUCUGUGUCCAAGGGCGGGGAGAAGUUGGGGAAGACUGCUGCUUUUAAAGCCUUUUCUCAGGGUGUUGAGACAGUGAAGAAGGAGCUAGACGAAAGCGUUCUAGGGCAGACGGGCCCGUACCGCCGGCCGGAGCGACUGAGGAAGAGGACAGAGUUUGCCGGAGAGAAAAUCAAAGAGGAGAAAAUAUUUGAACCGAACGAGGAGGCGAUGGGAGUCGUGUUGCACAAGGAUUCAAAAUGGUAUCAACAGUGGAAAGAUUUCAAGGACAAUAAUGUGGUUUUUAACAGAUUCUUUGAGAUGAAGAUGAAAUAUGACGAGAGCGACAACGCCUUCAUCCGGGCGUCCCGCGCCGUGACGGACAAGGUCACGGACCUGCUAGGGGGCCUGUUCUCCAAGACCGAGAUGUCUGAGGUCCUGACGGAAAUUCUCAAAGUGGACCCGGCCUUUGACAAGGACCAUUUUCUGCGGCAGUGCAAGGAUGACAUCAUCCCCAACAUCCUGGAGGCAAUGAUAGCGGGAGAGCUUGAUAUCCUCAGAGACUGGUGCUACGAAGCAACAUACAGUCAGCUGGCUCAUCCCAUCCAGCAAGCCAAGGCCAUGGGCCUGCAAUUCCAUUCCAGGAUCCUGGAUAUUGACAACAUAGACCUGGCAAUGGGGAAGAUGAUGGAGCAGGGCCCGGUCCUGAUCGUCACAUUCCAGGCCCAGUUGGUGAUGGUGAUCAAGAACCCAAAAGGGGAGGUGGUGGAAGGGGAUCCGGACAAGGUGCUGCGCAUGCUGUACGUCUGGGCCCUCUGCCGAGAUCAGGACGAGCUCAACCCGCAUGCCGCCUGGAGGUUGUUGGACAUCUCAGCGUCUAGCACGGAGCAGAUCCUCUGAAGGCAUCGCCGGGUGGGGCGGGGAGAAGCGGGCCACCCGUGCCCCUCGGGGCACGUUACGGAUUGACUCCUGGGAGAGGGGAGGAGGGUCUGGGAGGGGGCGGCCGCCUCGCCAGCGUUCUGGGGGA